GCCGCUUUGUGGUCAAUAACUGCUAUUGUUAGGGGACAGAUAUGUAUCUUGACAGUAUAUCCAUAAUCUUUGGAUACACGCGAAAUUAGUUAGCUAACGUUACAUGAAUUCCAUGAUGGGACGCAAAUCAUCUCAAACAGAUUGCCUACCUACACACAUAUUACUACAUAGAAGCCAUGCAGAGAGAGACGCCAAGACCGUGCCCUGUAGCUGUCAGUCUGUCGAUAGCAAAUGCUAACACUAAACUUAACAACUAUAUACGUCAGUCGGUGGACCACUUAAUAGAUAGAACAACGAGACAGAUAUUUCACUGGAUGUAAAAUGUGAAGCAUCCGCUUGGCGUUUCCACUCACUACCAAAUAUGGUAGGGAGAUGGGCGGACAGUUGGACAAUAUGGAACGAGGUGAAUUUAGCCGAAAUUCUGCACAUUUUCUCAUCGAUGAAACAUUUGAUCUCAAUACAGUAUUCUGUUUCCAAAACUAAAAUCUGUUACGAAAAGAAUAGACUAGGAAGACUUUAGCCUUUAGACUUUAGCCUUUGCAAAAGUUUUUUUUAAAUCGCUUUAUUUAGAAGGUGCGCAAAGGCGAAUUUGAGUUAUUGCGCACGCGCACUUCAGAGUAGGCGUUCCCUAGCGGACAUAUGCAGAUGUUUGCUAGAAACGCCAAUAGGAUCUCGCAGGCUCGUGCUUGGCUCUGCCCACUAUGACUCAUUUGUUCACAUUGGAAACGACAGGCUGUGGUCUAUCUUGGUUUACUGAUAAAGUAUUUGACUUCAUCGUCACAACAAAUGUUCCCGACUUGUUCCCAACGAGAAACUGCUGCACCGAUCUGAGGUGCAAGUUGAGUCUAUUCGCAGGAAUGGGAAAUUCAACCACCUGUAAUAACCAUCUGGGGAUCCCCCCAGCAAAAGGGCCCAAUGCCGUGGGAUGUUCAGAUUUCAUGAUGGAUCAUACUGUAAAGGGUACCUUCUUUCGGCUAUACUAUCCAUGUGUAGCAUACGAGGAUGCGGAAAAACCAGACUGGAUCCCAAGCAAAGAAUAUUUCUAUGGGCUUGCAGACUUCAUGAACAUCAACAGAGGCCUGAGUGAACUGAUUUUUAAUUACCUCUUUGGAUCUUUUAAGAUACCUGCUGCCAUGAAUGCCCCAUAUAAACAGAAUGGGAAGUGUCCAGUAGUUGUCUUCUCUCAUGGACUUGGAGCUUUCAGAACUUUAUAUUCAGCCAUAUGCGCAGAACUGGCCUCACAGGGUUUCAUAGUAGCAGCAGUGGAACACAGGGAUGAAUCUGCCGCUGCCACAUUCUUCUACCAUGGAAAGACUGAAGAGCCUGAGGAGAAAGAAGAGGAGUCGCUGCCGCCUAAACCCAACCCUGGGGCCCCAGAGAACCUGCUAGAGGAAUGGAUGUACUACAGAUCUCUGAAACCAGGCGAGAGUGAAUUCCCCCUCAGGAAUAAACAGGUGUUACAGAGAGCCGAUGAAUGCAUAAAGGCUUUGGAUAUACUCAUCCAAAUCAACUCGGGAAAGAAGAUGGAGAACGUGCUCGGGACAGAGUUUGACUGGAUGACUUUGGCGAACUCUAUGGACUUGUGCCGGAUAGCAGUGAUGGGCCAUUCUUUCGGUGGGGCAACAGUGAUCGAAGCCCUCUGCAAUGAGGUCAACUUCAAGUGUGGCAUUGCCCUGGACGCGUGGAUGUUGCCCCUGGAUGAGGAGAUCUACACCAGGGUAAAGCAGCCCAUCUUCUUCAUCAACUCUGAGAAGUUCCAGUGGGCCGGGAACAUCAUGGCCAUGAGGAAACUGGUCCCACCUGACUCCUCCUCCACACAGAGGAAAAUGGUCACCAUUAAGGGAACGGUUCACCAGAGCUUCCCAGACUUCACCUUCCUGACAGGCAAUUGGAUCGGGAAGAUCAUGAAGCUGAAAGGAGAAAUCAACCCUCAGGUUGCCAUCGAUCUCUGUAAUAAAGCAUCGCUAGCAUUCCUGCAGCGACACCUAGGUAUGGAUAAAGACUUCAAUCAAUGGGACCAUCUAAUAGAGGGCAAGGACGACAACCUCAUUCCAGGCACCAAUGUCACAGAACUACCUUAGUUCAAUUCCAUCUAAACUGUGCACUUUACACAGAGGGGAUGUUUGAUUUCCAGACAAUACCACUAGCUGAACUUAAGGUGCCAAUAUUUGUUGCACUGAGCCUUGAAACUGUUUAAUCAUAGACAAAAUGUAAAAUAGAUGCAAAGCAAUUUCUACUACAGGCCAUCUUAACCAGUACCUAAUUAUGAUUGCUCGGCGAGGGUGCAUAUCUCCAAGUAUUGAGAAACUGCUUUUUUGGUUUCAUAGUAUCUAUAUAGAGCAUCUAAGAACACAAUCUGCUGUACUCAGUAUGUUUUACAUGAACAAAGUUAUGGUUGCAGUGUGCUAUGCGAUUAUACACCUGUAUGGGAUAUUAUUCAAGAGUACGGUUUAGAAAUUGUUUGGAUCAUGGAGUCUUAACAGUUUCAAGAUUUCAUUUUAUAACCCCUAGAUGGUUAAUGUGAUUACGACUUUGAUUAAAUACUUGGUGUUUAUUUAGCAUGAUUGCACAGAGUACAGAUUGAGAUCAGGUAGCAUAGAUACAACAAGAAUCGAACAAAUUGAUUACACUUAGCUCACAAAGGAUGAGAUGUUUCUCGAUUCCUUUGAAUCAGAUCCAUAAAUGUGUCAUGUGCCUUAACCUACAGCAGCCUACCUGUGUCCUUCCACCUGGGUUGUAUUUGUUAGUCACCAAACACAAAACUCACGUAUACAACCUGAACUUGCCAAUGAGAAACGCUCCUUUUCCGUUUUCUGUUGCAAAACUUUCAGUAGUGUGGCCUAAUGCAGUUUCUUAACUCCUCGGGUUACCCCCAACAGCACAUAUUGUUGUGGCCCCAGACAAACUGAUUCUACUCGGGGGGGCUUGAUGAUUAGUUGACAAGUUGAAUCACGUGUGCUUGUCUUGGCCUCAAUGUGUGCUGUUUGGGGUAUUGGAGGACUGGAGUUGGGGGAAACACUCCACUAAUAAAUACAACACUGGGACACUCAAAUGUAACAGCUUAUUUUUCUGUCCUUCAUUUCCAUGCUUUUCAUAUUUACACUACUGUAAUCCAAUGCAUCUAAUUUGUAUACAACUAUAAAUGGAUACUGUGAACAUCGA